CAACAGUUCGUACCACUACCACUUCACGCCCGACCACGUCAAUGUUGGUCAUCAAAAAUAAAAAACAAACAGAUCAGAAUUACAAACCGAUAACAUACCUACCCCACUGGCAAUACAAAAAACAGAGUCUCAUAGAAGACGAUCCGAAACUAGACUACAGUAAAAGUAAAAGUAUUGAAAAGCCAGCAGCUGAGGAUAAUGAUGACAACUUCGAAAUAAAAAUGGCUGACCACGCUGUGUACCCUAAAGGUACUCCUGUAAUCAAAACCAAAGUCAAUGGAAUGGUUGGCGGAAAUAGUGCCAUACGUAACUUAAGACUCAAUAAUGUAAAACGGUUCAGUAGCAAGAUUGUAAAUGAUAUCAAACCGAGAUAUAUAUUUGGAAAGAAGAAUGAGGAAUCUGACGAAUCAUUACAACAGCCAAAGUCGAUAACACCAAAGCAGAAAUACUAUAGGCCAAAAGCAAAUUAUGAGAAGAACAAAGAAUUUAUAAAGCAAUCUAUGGCAUCAAGCAUUACCGAAUCUCAGGAUCAAAGCUUUGAAAUGAAAAAGCCUUCAUCAAAUAUAGCAGAAUUUGCAGACGAUGAAAAUAUGUACAAUAUAUUUGAAGACGUUCCAACUGAAAGUGCAUUAAACAAGGCAGAAGAUAAUUUUGUUGAUAACUAUCAAAAGAAGAAACCAAUCCGUUACAUUAAUAAAGAUAAUCUCUUAAUUGCAAAGGAAAAUAAAGAUAUCAAAAGAUUACAGAACAUAUUUAAUAUGUUGGAACACGAAGUCAGAAAUAUCAAUUUUGACAUCAAUCUAAAGCACUUUUUCGAAGCGAAAAUGAAACAAAUUUAUAAAGCCGCUGUACAUAAAAAUGAAGGAGAGAAAUUACCAUUAAAAAAACAAACAGUGAAAGAAGUCAAUAUUUUGAGAGACACAAAAUACUAUCCUGAUAAUAACUAUAAUGUAAACGAUGAUGAUGAAGUUCAAGUGAUGAGGAAAACUGUGAAUAAUGAUGACAAUAUAGAACAAAGUACUAAAGCAGAUAAACCGUAUACGGACAAUACGGACCAUAACUAUGAUUACAUAGAACACAAAUAUGAAGAAACUCCAAUUGAAACGCAAAAACACAGUCACAGUGAAAUUGAUAAUGCUUACGAAGACAUUCCCAUUGAUGCAGAUACAAGAAAUGUUUAUAAAAUAAGUCAAAAACAGUGGCAGAACAAAUAUCAAAACAAUGAUUUUAAAUACAAGGACAUCUUAACUGGCAAAUACUCCUUAGAUCGUGAAUACGAUGAGGCCAAUGAAAUCCCAAUAAACUAUGAAAUCAGAAAUCAAGACACUGUAUUCCCUAACGGCAGUGUUGAUGUUAGAAAAAAAAUAUCCCCAAUAAGUUUUAAAAACUCUAAUAAGUUUGAUAGACGCAUAGAUGAUUUAAGUCGAAGUGAGCUAUUAGAAAUAAUAAAUUCUAGAAGACAAGAUACGCCGGAGAGAAAGAAUAUCAGAAUAUCAAUUUACGAAAAUGAAAGACCUUUAAACGAAAAUGAUGAUUUUAAUAAUUUUGAGAGAGAAAGAUCAACUAAAUACGAAGAGAGCAAGCCAGAAUUUACUCGAUCGCAACAAAUGCAAUUCGAUCGACAAAACAACAAUGGUGAUCGACGUCAAAUGCUUUUGUUGCGACCGCAAAUAGAAAAGUCGACUUAUAGAACCAAAAUUGUUGACCAGAGGCCACCAGUAUACGAAAGUGACCGGGAGAUUGUAUUUGAAAAUAAAUAAUUAUUUAAUGAACUAAGUAAUU